AUGGCUGACUUGAAGACUCCCUUCCACGACUCCACCGCCUCGUCGUUCGUGUUGGACAAUCUUCGUCCCCUGGUGCUGAGAAAAAGGUCUGUCGAAGGGCCUCCGCUGCCGCCCAAAAGGAAACUUUCCCACUUGGAGCCGCCAAAAACGUUCAAUGCCAUCAAGAGACCCCAGUUCCCUUUGAAGUUGCAGCCAGCACUUACGCUGUCGGUGCUGUCGAUUGCAGACUCCCGCAACCCGUUGCUCUCGCCGCCAAAACCAGCGAAACUUAGAAGAUCCACCUCACUUUUGACCCCAGCAGAGGCCUCUCAGACAGAUAGAUUCAUCCCCAGCCAUAGAAACCUGACUCUGAACAAGCUCACUCCCCAGCACGAGCUGCCCCACCCAAACGCUCUGCCUCAGACACACAUCAAGGCGCAAACAUCGAAAAUCUACCAGCAUCAUGUUGCAGAGGCCUGUGGGCUCGACAUGAACUCGCGUAUCUUGUGCUACCGCCCAGCACCUCCAGAAAGAAGCAAGCCGCUCAGCGUGUUCAGCGUAGUAGCCCACGGAACCACGGCUCAAAAAUUGCCUUCUUCUCUCAGACCAUCGUUGGCGUCAGCACGAGCGAAGAAGAUCCCCACCGCCCCAGAAAGAGUGCUCGAUGCUCCAAACAUCGUAGACGACUUCUACCUCAAUCUAGUUGCAUGGGCGCUGAGCAACCUCAUAGCCAUUGGCCUUGAAGACACUGUCUACGUGUGGAACGCCUCUACAGGGCUGGUAGGGCUUCUUUGCGAGCUCCCCAAGGCCAUGCUAGUGACUUCUUUGCGGUGGUCUGAAGAUGGCUCAUACAUAUCUGUGGGCAAGGAGGACGGCACCAUCGAGAUCUGGGACAUCGAGACAAACUCCAGGUUGAGAACUCUAUCACACGGAACAGGUUCAAGGGUCGCUGCCCAUUGCUGGCUGUCACAUCUUUUGGCUCUGGGCUCUCGUGAAGGCACCAUUUACCAUAGUGACGUUCGAGUCAACGACCACUUGGUUUCCAAAUUGGAGAACACUCAUGCAGCAGAGAUUUGUGGAUUAGAGUACAGAGGCGACUCCCAGCAGUUUUGCUCGGGUGCUAACGACAAUUUGGUCGCUGUGUGGGAUGCUAGGCUGACGCUGGAGCCUAUAUUCAAGAAAACCAACCACAGAGCUGCCGUCAAGGCAAUGGCGUGGUGUCCUUUCCAAAAUUCUCUUCUAGCAACAGGAGGAGGGACUUCUGAUAAAUGUAUACAUUUCUGGAACACUUCGACUGGGGCCAGAGUGAAUCUGAUUGAGACUGAGUCCCAGGUGUCUUCCCUCAAUUGGGGGUACGAAAGCAAGACGGGGUACGAGAUCGUGGCCACUCACGGAUACCCGCUGAACAGCAUUUCUCUUUUCAAUUAUCCUACGCUUCAGAAAACAGGAGAGAUUUCUCUGGCCCAUGACUCGAGGGUGUUGAGCGGGUGCAUGAGCCCUGACGGAACCACGCUAGCAACAGUAGCAGGAGACGAGAAUUUGAAAUUCUGGCCGUUGUUUGACGUGAGAAAGAAAGCUGAAAAGGAGUCCUUGGGGAACGAAAAGCACAUGAAGAGGUUGAUGGAGCUUCGAUGA